AUGGCUCUACUGAAAGGGCGGUUCCUCCACGUGAGUCUUCUUGUUCUACUCUCUGGCACCAUCGAAGCUGCCGUCCGCAAUUCAUCGACCAAUACUUUAUUACAUCGUGGUCCAUACCAAUCAAAGCGAGUUGCAAAUGUCUCAUCUUCAUCCGACACGACUUUCAACACAAGCUCUUUCCAGGGAGUGUCCCAGUCUCAGCUUGCAAAUGCUUAUGUUAUUGUUGACAAUGCCGUCACAGAAUGGAGCGUCUACAAGAAAGUUCGAUUUGAGAAUCCCAAGCACAACAUCUACACUUUGAAAGGCGCAACGGCACCUGAGUCUAAUGCCGACGUGCCAGUCAUCACUGAAGAAGUGGCAGCGGCGGCAGCUCUCGUAGCCGAGGUUGAAGUAGCACAGAAUGGUGGCAACACCACAAAACCAAUGCGGAAGGGACAAAGCGGAAGCUUUUGGAUGGAAGAUAUCGAAAGAUUUGGAUCACAGCCCUAUGGAGGCAACUCAUCGUACCCAGUCUUUCGAAAUGUGCUCCAUUACGGUGCACACGGCGACGGUACAACAGAUGAUACAAAAGCCAUCAAUGCUGCAAUUCAAGACGGAAACCGGUGUGGUCCAAAGUGCUAUGGUUCAUCGACAAAGAAUGCAAUUGUCUACUUUCCAGGAGGGAAUAGGACAUAUCUUGUCAGCAGUCCGAUUAUAGCACUCUAUGGAACACAGAUGAUUGGAGAUCCGAAUGAUAGGACCAUAAUCAAGGCUACAAAGCGCUAUCUUGGGCUUGGAGUAAUAUCAACUGACGUGUAUACUGGCGCUGGUGGACAGGGAGUUGAUGGUCUCGAUCCAGAGUAUUACAUUAACACAGCCAACUUCUACAGACAAAUUCGAAAUUUUGUGAUAGACAUUACUGAUGCCACAUUCGACCGUGAAGGCACAGCGGGCAUUCAUUACCAGGUCUCUCAAGCAACAAGCAUGUUUAAUGUUAGAUUUAUCUGUUCUUCCAAUGGUAACACCAAGCAAAGAGCCAUAUUCGCAGAGAAUGGAAGUGGUGGCUUCAUCAGUGAUCUAACAUUUGAAGGGGGAGCAUACGGUAUUCAGGGGGGAAAUCAGCAAUUCACAGCUCAUCGAUUGACGUUUACGAAUGUCAGGACGGCAAUCUGGGUGUUCUGGGACUGGGGAUGGACCUGGAAGAGCAUUCACAUCACGGGAACGACCACUGGCUUCAACCUUACUUCUGAAAAUGGUAUUGUAAACCAGGCUGGAUCUAUUCUUGUGCAAGAUUCGAUAUUCGAGAAUGUCCAGAACGCAAUUGUUAUUUUCCCUCCCACGGACCAGCCAGGCCAGAAUAAUACAGGUGUCACACUCGAUAAUGUCGUCUUCAAAGGAGUCACAAACGCCAUCAUAGAUAACAAGGGGAAACAAUGGCUCGCUGGUAGCAUAGGCUCCGUUGAUAUCUUUCUUAUCGGGCCAGUGUACAAUGAGCUCCAGCGAACCUUCUCCUUUGGCACCCAGAUCUCAAGUACACGUUCCCCUGGCCUGCUUGGGUCCCAAAAUGGACUUCCAAAGCCCGCUUUCCUGGAGCAUGCCAGAUCUCAAUAUGAGAAAGUUCCCGCGUCUCAGUUUGUUAGCGUCAAAAAGAAUGGGGCAAAAGGCGAUGCCUCCUCUGACGACACCUUGUCUAUCCAGGAAGUUAUCGAUCGAUGUGCUGAGACGUCAAGUAUCGUAUAUAUCGAUGCGGGGUCUUACCUGAUCACAGAUACUCUGCGAGUACAACCCGGAACGAAGAUAGUGGGCGAGCUAUGGGCCCAGCUGGUCGCUUCGAUCGGAGAGAGCGGUCAAAAGGGUUCCGUCGAAAUUCAAGACCUCCUCUUCACCACCGUUGGAGAGACAAAGGGUCUGAUAGCUGUGGAGUGGAACCUUGAGGCAGAUGAGCCUGGAUCCACAGCUAUGUGGGACUGUCAUGUCAGAAUUGGAGGGGCUACUGGUUCGCAACUAACAUCACAACAAUGCCCACCCGUAAAGUCUGGUGUCAACUCAGGCUGCACAGCCGGGUCCUUGAUGUUUCGUAUCACCUCAUCUGCUUCUGCAUAUCUCGAAAACGUUUGGCUUUGGGUAGCUGACCAUGACCUUGAUGAUGCAGAUCUCAACAACGCGAAUAACACCAUGACACAAGUCAGUGUCUAUGUUGCAAGAGGGAUAUUAAUCGAAAGUCGGAAACCUACAUGGCUGUACGGAACGGCCUCAGAACAUUCGGCCUUCUACCAAUACUCAUUUUACAAGGCUAAAGAAAUUUAUGCCGGAAUGAUACAAACCGAGUCGCCAUACUACCAACCCAAUCCCAGACCUCCAGCACCUUUCAAUUCUUUGACAAAGAUCUUCCCUGGUGAUCCUAGUUUCGAAUGGGCAGUUCGGAUUGAGAGAUCGGCUAACAUCUCGUUUUCCGGUGCUGGCCUUUACUCCUGGUUCAACACAUUUGACGAAUCAUGCGUGGAUGGUCGCACUUGCCAAAAUUCAAUGGUUGAGAUGAAAGAAAAUGGCAAAAACAUUCAAUUCCUGAAUUUGAUCACAAUAAGAGCAAAGAACAUGGUGACUACGGAGCAAGGGGAGAUUGCUGGAAAAGAUAACGAGGACUCGGGUGGGCAUCCGAAAUGGACUCAUAUCGCGGCUCUUCGAAUGUCGGGAGACGGGGGUCCUGAUGACAACAUUGUUUAUAUUGACCCAAUUGUCUGGACUCAACCCAACCCGCAUCUCAAUUGUACUCCACCUUGUAUUUUCGUCGUCCCACCACAUUCUCUACCGACCCGAACAACAAUCCAAUUCCCUCGAUUUGUCACAAGCUUGGAAGUUGACUGGUUGGGGUCAAAAUCAGGCGGCGGCUCAGAGCUCUCGUCUACGAUUGUUACAACCACUCUGACGUUCUCGGAUGUCAUCCUCAAUUCCAUCGAUUACUCAAACAUUCACAUAACAGGUAGUGGGACUAUUUCAGACAUAGUACCUAGAAUGAGCAUCGAUCCUGGAACACUAGUAAUCACAGACAAUUACCCAGUGGGCAUUACUGCUACUCCAGUUCUGAGAACAAUCACUACGCCGCCAUUUCCAUGGUUUGGAAUAAGUCCAACUGGUCAAGCAUCGGUUGUGAGCUACAUGUAUGACGGAGCAAUCAUCCUCGUUACUAGCACAACGACCAUAACCUUCGUAAGGACAGAUGGCCAUACGGUGUUAUUUGGUCCCACCGGUAUUGUCAUUGAUGGGAAUCCAAUUGCAAGUCCCACGACCACAACCACGACCAGUAAUAUCACCAUCGGCCCUCUACUUCCUUGGUUCUCUAUCUUCCCUUCGCGGACCGUAUCUUUUGUCACCACUGAUGUUCCAGGACCAACAACCGCACAGAUUAAUGGGACACCUGUUCCAGUGAUUCCAUGUCUAAUCCUAUUCGGAUUUGAACUUCCUGGUAUAUACUUUGGGUAUGUGGCUCGCUCAAAGACGAUGAUGAGAGAAUGUGCUGCUUAUAGAGCAACCGAUGCGGACUGUGGUAGAUGGGGAGUGGUCUACCCAAAGGACCACACUAAUGAAGAUAUGAACAAUCGCAUAGACGCUGCUAUAAAGGCAAUGAUAACGACCGGAACGGUUUAUAGGUCUCAGCCCAAGGUAAAACCAAAGGAUGGCACACCAAUGGGAACAAUGUAUUGGGCAGUCGAACGAAUAUCGGAUGACCAGAUUCAAAGCCUCAAAAAUAUGGUGGAGCUCUUAUAUUCGGAAGAUGUUCCCAACGGGAAUGCGUCUUGGGUAAUGGGGCCAAAUGUGACCAUCCAAGUUCAAGAGAUACAAAGAAGGGCGGAUAUCUUUCAACACGAUGCGACACCAGAGAUGAUUACAAUUUCUAUGCCCCCUGAAGCCAAUAUGGGACAAAUGGAAGGUCGAUAUAUCUAUGAUGAUUCCGCUGGCAAAGACCAAACAAUCUACGCUGUAGAGAUUGGCUUCGUGCCAAGCGAUGAACUCUCAAAUCUACAACUACGACUUCUAUAUGCGGAGCCAUGGUUAAGCGCCACUAAAACGGCUAGUGAUUGGAAAGAUGGCCAUGGCGCCUGCGUCGCUGCAAAAAUUGGUGGGAAAACAGUUGGGAUCGCUAGAGCAGCGAAAGAAGUUGUUUUGACUGUGCUAAAUGCGCCCAACGACUUUCUUCAAGAUAGCUAUGUUGAUGCUUUGAUCAAAAUAUACGAUGAUAUAAUUGGUGACAGUGAAAACGAGAUCCCCAACAAAUCGAAAACAUCAGUGGUCAAUAUAUCUCUGUCGAGAGAGCUAUCGACAGACAAGGAAGUGAAAUGGAGCCAGGCCAUGAUAAACAAGAUGGGGGUUAUCAUAAGGCAACUAGUUGCAGAAGGGGUGCCUGUUGUCGUCGGGGCCGGGAAUAGAAUAGUUGUUGGAGCAUCCAUGCCCAGGGAUGGAAACGAGAAUGCGUAUUUUUCUUUGGGGCGCCCGGCACUAGACGGGGGCUUUGGACCUGGGAGUGAUAUUACCGUUUACGCACCAGGCGCAGAGCUCAGGUGUCCAAAUGGAAUGGGAGGAAUGUUUCUUGGAGGACCAAAUGAAGAGGACGGUACCCGCAAUGGCAAAUGGGGUACAUCAUAUGCUUCACCAACAGUGGCAGGUUUGGUUGCCUACUUCAAAGCUUUACAAGGUGACCAAAAUGACGCAACAAAAUUUCUCAGUCCCAGGGCAGUGAAAGAAAGAGUAAGAGAUUUCGCGUGGAGGAGAAAUGAAAAUGCAGAUUGGCCGUUAUUUCCCCCAGUCAUUUGGAACGGACAAGCAGGUCUAUUUUGUGGUACAUCCCUUUCGAGAGGAUUAACUUCCAUGGACCUGCCCAUGAGCGCCGAUGCCAACUUUUCUGCUCACGCCGUCCAGAAGAGACAGAGUUCAGGAAGCCAGUGCACCAUCGACCCCUCAAAGACAAAUCCUGCCAACAAUCCCAACAAGGGAGGACCAACUUGGACAUAUCAGUCCGGCCCUGAGGGACCAACGUGCACUUCAGGGGGCUGUGGUAAACUUUGCCCAACCGGUUCUGUAUUCUGCGGAGAUCUGGGAGAUAAUCCUUUUAAUCCGGAUUUCUGGGACCCUCUCGACCCUCGAAGUCCUCAAAACCCUGCGAAUCCUGAUUAUGUUCCACUAACAACAAGCAAGACAACUCAAACCCCAACAUCAAAAUCCACCAUGACAACUACAACCGCUUCACCUACACCAACUGGUCCAGCAUACGUGCUAGAGGUAAAUUUAGAUACAUUUCUGAGUGAGCUAAACAACAUCAAUUUGUGGGCUUUCUUUGACGCAAUGUCUAAUCAAACUCUCCACAUAUGCGAUUCGAAACCAGUUCUCCAGGCCAACGCGCCUAGCAGUCUGGCCCAAGGUACGCGGGUAUACCCGAACGGUACUUUCAACGUCAAAACUCACGGGAUGAAUUGUGUAUGGACGGGUGAUGGCAAGGGAAUUGGUAUCCGUGAUUUGGUCUGUCCUGGGAAAGAUGUUACUUGUCGGGAAGCAGGCACAGUGUCUAUACAGUGUCCUACCAUCACUGACUUUACUGAUGCCUAUACCGAGAGGGCCUAUUGUUCCUGGUACUGA